UUUAACAUUUUGAAAAUGGAUCAUAUAUAUUCUUUAUUAUUUGAUUUUCUUUAAACUUUUAUGCUGUCCAAGCAGUAAAAGACGCCUAAUAAUUACCGUUUCCCCGCUCCAAAAAGAUUGACAGUUUUACAGCAAAUGACAGUUUUACAAAGAAAGAGGAGGAGGCAUAAAAUUGGCGGGUGCCACAACUAAAUGGAUGACAGGUAAUCCAACAACUCUUUUUUUUUUUUUUUUCCUUUUGAUCUCUCACCUUAUGGCCAUGGAUGUCUAGGAAUUAGAGAAAAACUGCAGAAUCAAGAAAGUCCCUUCUCUUCACUAAAAAUAAAUCCAAUUUUACUUUCAUCUAAGCUUCUCAAGAACACACUUUAUCUAAAACCCACUCCAAGAAAAUAUUUAGCAGAAAGAAUAAUGAGAGAGAAAAUUUCUUGAAGGGAAAAGAGAGAAAAAGUGAAAAAGUUGGGAUUUUUUUUAAAGAAAAAGAAAAUGAAAGGGAAAAGUGGGAAGGGGGCAGCAGAAAAGGAGGACAAUUUAGGGGAAAAGUUGAAGAGAUGGGUUCUGGUAGGGAAAAAGGUGGGACCUUUUUCUUGCACUCCAGUUAGAUUUUGGAGGAGUGUUGCUCCACCUACUGCGCAUUUUAGCAUCAUUGCCAAACAUCAAGACCAAGAGGAGCCUCCUUUUGUUUCUUAUUCUAAUAACAAAAAAGCUGCUACUGUUGUUUCAGCAAGAAAACUAGCUGCUGCUCUUUGGGAGUUUCAGCAUUACUUGCCUCUUUCUAAGAUGCACAGGGGUAUGCAUAAUCAUAGUAAUGGUACUGCUUGUGAUCCUAGGUUGCGCCGUCACCAGAAUCGCCAUCAUCAUCUUUUUAAGGACAAGGGUCUUGACCUUUCCCAUUUCUUGGCUGAUCCUUCAGCUAGCUCUACUGACCAGCCAGAGAGUGCAGGCAGUUUGAGGAGACAUAUUGCUGCAUCACUGAUUCAACAUCAUCGAUCAAUUGAAAAAAGUAAUCAUGCUCUGCAGCCUGUAUCUCCAGCAAGUUAUGGCAGCUCCAUGGAGGUGGCACCUUACAACCCUGCAGUUACGCCUAGCAGCUCAUUAGACUUUAAGGGAAGGAUUGGUGAGUCACAUUAUAGUCUCAAAACAUCCACAGAGCUGCUAAAAGUAUUAAAUAGAAUCUGGAGCCUGGAAGAACAACAUUCAUCUAAUAUGUCAUUGAUAAAGGCACUGAAAAUGGAGCUGGAUCAUGCUCGUGUCAGGAUCAAAGAGCUUCUUCGAGAUCAGCAAGCAGAUAGGCAUGAGAUAGAUGAUUUGAUGAAACAAAUUGCAGAAGAUAAACUAGUUAGGAAGAGCAAGGAACAGGACCGGUUACAUGCUGCUAUUCAGUCUCUGAGAGAUGAGAUAGAAGAUGAGAGAAAGUUAAGAAAACGAUCUGAGAGCCUUCACAGGAAGUUAGCUCGGGAACUUUCUGAAGUAAAAUCUUCUCUUUCUAAUGCUGUGAAAGAGAUGGAAAAAGAAAGAAAAUCAAGAAAGUUGUUGGAAGAUCUCUGCGAUGAAUUUGCUAGGGGAAUUAAAGACUAUGAACAGGAGUUGCAUGCUGUGAAACCAAAAUCUGACAAGGAUUGGGUUGGAAAGGCUGAUGGCGAUCGUUUGAUCCUCCAUAUAUCUGAAUCAUGGCUGGAUGAGCGGAUGCAAAUGAGGUUAGAAGAAGCUCAGCAUGGUUUUGCUGAAAACAAUUCAAUAGUGGACAAGUUAGGCUUUGAAUUGGAGACCUUCCUGAAAGCCAAGCGAGUGGCUAAUUCUAUGAUCAACACUGAUAACAAGCUGCCAAGAGAACGGCGGAAUUCAAUGGAGUCAGUCCCUCUGAAUGAAGCGGUAAGUGCACCUCAGGAUGUGGGUGAUGAAGAGGAUUCCAUAAGUAGUGAUUCACAUUGUUUUGAGCUUAACAAACCAAGUAAUGGUGAAUUUAAUUUGCAUGGAGAUGAAGCUUUAGAUGACCAUGUUGAUGAAACAGUAAAAUCUAGUCAAACAAAGAAAAAGUCUGCAUCUCAUGAAAGAAAUAGACGUCAAAAUCCAUCAAGCUUGCAAGUUAAAUUUGAAGAACAGAUGGCUUGGGCAAUGGCAGCUAAUGGGAACAAUAAGUUCCCGGUGGUGGGCAUAGAAGAGUUAAAAACAGGUGAAGGGAACCCAGCUGAAAUGAGCAUUUCUCGUAGGUCUGAAAAUUGUGAUACUACUGAAGGUGGCAGUAUAGAAAGAAAGAAAAAGGUCGAUGAAAUCCAUGGAAUGAAUCAAAAUUAUGUAAUUGAUAACUUGAUAAGAAGUCAUAUUUCAUCUUCAGAAGCUGGACAUGUGCGUCUUGAGAAUGACGCUGGCGAAGCUUCCACCAGUUACCCAACUCGGAGAAAUGCUAGUCCAGUUCGACAGUGGAUGGCGAAACUCUCAACCCCAGAUCUUGAUAUUUCGGAGUCUUCUACAAAACAACCUUCGACAUUAAAGGAAAAUACUUUAAAGGCAAAGCUUCUUGAGGCACGAUCAAAGGGGCAGCGAUCGCGAUUAAAAAUAUUCAGAGGUUCCUCUUAGGCUAUUAAGAAAAAUUAGCUUAAGGGUUUAGAGCUCCAUUAGGCAUAUAAGAUUUUGGAUCUUUAGCCUUUAUGGGAUGAUCAAGAACUCAGUGUGUUUUUUCUGUGAAUAUUGACCAUACAGUGUUCUUGAAUGUGAAAUGUUGCCGCUGCAUCUUCAAAUUUCGUCUCUUUUGUAAUUUGAAAUUCAUUUCUGUAUAUGAGUGUAAAACCACUAUAUAAGAUAAAUUCCAAGAUGAAUAACAAUUUUGAGUAAUCGUC